ACCAUCGGAAGUUAAUAACAUAAGCGCGAGCUUCUUCCGUCACGAUAUUCAAUUAUGCGUAUUUUGAUGUUUUUUUCACCCGGAGCGCACACUGUUGCGUUUCUAUAGUGAAACAAGAUCUUGCAUGGUGCGUAAAAUCGUCUAGUCGUACUUUAGACCUCGUAUUAUGAGUGAAAGUGACGGUGAUCAAAGCAACGCAACAUGUAGGGGUGAUAUCAUCCACUUUGGUGGAUCCCACUCUGACCGGAGGGAUACUUCUAUGCAAGGCAGACUGUCCCAUUUCGUUGAUGAUUCGUGCUUAAAAAAUGUUGUCUUGGAAGACGAUGCAAGUGCAACCGAAGAAACGAAUGCAUUGCGGACAGAUUCCCUCGGAACUGUAGACACUACGCAUGAAGAAAGACGUGUUAUUGUCGUCUGCGACAAAUCUUACAUAUUCACCAUAGUGGGCGUGUUACGGACGGCUCUUCUGCUAUGCUCUUUGUUGAGCUUAAGUUGUUUGGCCAGCGCGGGAACUAAAGAUUACGACGUCUUGCAGCUGCCUCGGACGGAUAAACUUCGGUUUCAUGUCUUUGUCUGUGUCUUUACAUUCUUGCUCACAGCUGUAUGGAUAGUUGUUGACAAUUCGUCUGUUCUGCACCUGUUCCGUUUCAACUGGAACAUCAUUGACACCGUACUGUGCAUCAUCGUUGCUGUGGUAUUUGUGAUUUCCUCAUCGCUUCUGAUUCAUACAAAAUAUGUGUACCAGUCAUCAUAUGUCACCAUCAUAGAGCGGACCUUGAAGUUGCUCGUCGUUGCUGGGGUAUUCGGCUUCCUCUGUGCAGCCCUGUUGACUACACUGGCUGUGAUUCGAUGCUUCCAGCGCAGAAAUAGUGGCAUGAUGCAGUGGCUGACCAAGUCUUCAGCUGGUCAAGACAUGAUGAUGUCUCCCAUAACUACACCGCCAGUUGAAGUUGAAAAUGACCAGUCUGAGCAACACCAAGGAGCCACAUGAUUCAUCUUACAGGGUUUUCUGGAGGAGAAGGGAUGGAUGUCCAAGGAUGCAAAGAGGGAGGUUUUUCUUCCAUGUGCAUCCCCUCUCCCCCUGAAAAACAUUAGCAUUGCAAGUGUUCUCUAUGUGUAACCCACAGGAGCAAUUUUGCUCAGGGUCCCACAAGCCGCCCUGUAGUAAAUCUUCAGCUGUGCUUUGAAGUUUGUGUUCUGCUGUCCAUGCUCUCCAAUUUCAGUGUUUACUUACGGGCUGAUCUGUUCAUAGAGAAUAUGUAGGUAUUUGAGAUUCUCAUUGUGUUUUAUGUAUUCUUAGGAGCUUUAACUACAGAAGAUGUCGUACAUGCGUGGCUACAGAAGGAUAAUGCUGGGUGACAAAUCUUUUUGCAUUGCUUAAUUCUCAGUAUAUUUGUAUGUGUGAAACCUCUGUGCUUACAUGACACUGUGUGUUUAGUGCAUUUGUGAAAUGUUAGAUGUCACAAGGAGUGCCAAGUGCUGUACAUGACAAUGGUUAUACCCUGUCCUAUAUGGAGUUACCCCGCAACUCCUGUGAAAAACGUCAAGAUGCUUUAUUGUGUACUUGUUCCUGAGUUUUUGCAAUACGUAUGUGUGCAAUGAAUAUGGCGCAUAAAAUUGCUCGAGUAAAGUUUGAGCAGGCAAAUUUUAAAAUCUUAGCUUGAUGUAAUCAGUUCUUGCACAUAAUGUGCAUUUUCUACUGCAUUAUAAGUAGAUCAGAGAAGGAAAUACGGGAGUCCAAGUACAAGGAAAAGCCUUGAUACAAACAAGGUGUUCUUCUGGGUACCCAGAAGUCAAAUGUCUGCCUGUUUGCAAUGUUGCUGAAUCCUGACGUAAACCUGGUCGUUUAGGUGGUUGAGGCUACUACCGCUAUGUUGUGUUUUGUGUACAUGUAAUGUUACUCAAGCUGUCAAGCUAGCAGAUGCAGUGAACUUCAGAAUGGUAAGAACAGCAUGUGAAAAAGGAUUUACAUUUUGUGUGUGGCGUUGUUUAUAAUGCUUUCAUAUACUAAGCCCAUUAUGGCAAUAUGUGUUGCUUUUAUGAUGAACCCUUCACAUUAUUACACAACUUCUCCUGGAAUACUGGAAAGCUACUUAACAGAAAGAAAUGUUGCAUUGAAGAUUUAAAAAAAGGCUGGGAACACUGACAAAUCCUGCAAGUGCGUAGAUUUAUUACAUGAGCAUUGAAUGCUUUGAAAUAGUGGGAUAAUAUAUUUUAUAUGCACAUGAUACCAGAAAUGAGGUUUAACACUCAAAGUUACUACUGUUUUGCUUUGAGAAGAGGGUGACCCUGCCAUGCACCAUGUAUUGUAUUUAACUGAACAAAUUUUUAGAAGAAACACUAUUGUAUUAUGGUCUCUAGUCACUCAGUUUUUACAUAUUAAUUUGUUGAGCCAUAAACCAAAGACGCUUUCAAUGAAAGGAGCAGUGUAGGGUAUCAAAACUCUUUCAGUUUUUGUUUAAAAAAAAUGAGAUUGCACCCCAGAAUACAUACACAAGUGCAUAUAAAUAAAAUAAAAAACAAGGCCUUUCCACUUUUAUACUUGUCUAAAAGCAAGAUUGGAAAACCUGCACUGUGACUUGCUUGGUCAGGCAGCAAAUGUCAUAACUCACAUGGCCAGUGCAUUGUUCAGCACAAAAAUGCCUUAUAUGGCAUCCAGUGAAGGCAGUUGCAGUAUAAAUGAUGUGAAAACCAGAUCUUGUGGUCUGUUGCAAACACUAGUCCAAUUUAGAGAAGUGGGACAUUGUAUUAUGUUUGUUCAGGAGAACUGAACAAGAGAUUUCUUCAUGAUGUAUUCUGAGGCAGACAUACAUGCUCGCGUCAUGGUCCCUUUGUGUUGUUGCGUGCCGCACCGUAUUGUAGUGUGGGAUGAUUCGAACAGGGCUGGCAUCUAUAAGGUGGUAUAAAAAUUGCUCAAAGGCGGCACAGAGAAGUAUUGAAAUGUCUUGCCCCUUUCUGGAAGAUGCCAUGCCAGCAUUGAAGCAGCCACAAGUUCAAAUUGUCAGUAAGCACUAUGGGUUAGUUUAAAUAGAAUGUUUCCCAGCAAACAUGUAGUACCAUAAAUUGCACGAUGAUGUAAUACCAAAUAGAGUGGUGACCGUCUAAUGGGGGUGGUUUAUGUUGUUUACAUAAUUUUCAAAUAGGUGUUAUUGUUCAAAUUUGUUACAGGGAGGAACAUAGAUACAACAACAGUUUUUUGUUUUUUUAACUUUGCAGAAAGUGGGUUACUGGUCCUACACAUUUUGUGGUAUUUCAGUCAGUAGCAACAGACACUGAACACAAAUUAUAUUUAUUACACAAAUUCAUCCUUUAAAACAAAUAAUCCACCGUCAAUCUACAAUACCCUGCAAGAAUUAUUCAGCUCGAAUUGAGACAGAAAGAAAAGUGAAAAUGAAAUUGCAUUUUGUCUUUUCCUGUAAUGCUCUUCCAUUUUACCAAAACAUGUUCUUUUGGAUAUAAUCUCAUGUUCUGAGUGGUGUAUUUAAUCCUGUCCAAACUCAUAUCCAACAUGAACAUGUGAUUACCUCAGAGAUUACAGUUGAUCUUUUGUACUUUCUUUGCUCUUUUGGUGCACUGUCUGUGUGACGUGUUUUAUACAGUGAAGUUUUAAUGCUUUUUAUCUGACCACUGCAAAUGAGUAAGUUCUUUCCUUAUUUGCUCUGUCAUGUAUAUCAACAGUGUAUGAUUUGUACAAGUUGUGCUUCAAAUAUACAUGGAUACCAAGACAUA